GGGCACCUGCUGGAACACCUCGGGCGCAGGAUGCACCACCUCUGGCACCGGGUGGAACGCCUCGGGGAUGGAGUGGAUGACUUCGGGUGCGGGGUGGAACACCUCGGGGAUCUCCGGCUCCACCAACGUGAUGCCCAAGAAGAAAGUUUCAAAGGUAAAGAAGGGGAAAGCCGGAAAAUUAAAGAAUGAAGGCAAACAAGAGUCAAAAGCAACCAAAGGGUUGGACAUUGAAAAGGCCAAGGUCAACGCGGCUAUCUGGCAGGUCAAGUUACAGGUUACCGAGCAGUCGCUUCUGCAGUAUCGGGAGACUUGCCACAAGUUGGCAGGAGCGAAGGAAGACCUCACCAAUCAACUGUACCGCGUAGAGAAGGACGCCAUCGACAUGAUCACCUUCUUCCAAAACCAGGACGCUCAGAAGGAAGAGAAGAUCAGUGUGCUGCAGGAGAGCCUCAGAAACCAGAAGGUGCUUGCACAGGAAGAACAAAAGAGACUGGUUGAAGCUUACACACUCCAAAUCAACGAGAUGAAGGAAUUAUUCCAAAUGAGGUCCAGUGAUUUCAACAUGAUCCAGGAUGAGCUGAAGAAAAUUAAAGAGUUUCAGAAGAAGAAGGUCCAAAUGGAGCAGGAGCUUAUCGACAUGAAAACCAACAUGGAUUCUGCUGACAAGGAGCACAGGGAAACCUGCAACGCUAUGGAGUAUAGAUUCUUCAAAGAAAAGGCUCGUCUGGAGAAGGAAACGGAGCAAAGGAUGGAGCUGGAGGUGGAGAAGGCCCACAAAGAAGCCAUUCUAAAAUUAGACGAUGCCUCACUGUCCAUCUUCAAGGAGAACGUCCGCCUCAAGGAAGCACUGAAGUAUCACAUGAAGGAGACAGAAGUCCUGCAGAAAAGGGCGGAGGCGCUGGCAGAGGAAAACUCUUCCCUGGCACUGAAUAAGAGCACUUUUGACACAAUGGUAAGGAAGAAUGCAGCUCAGAUGAAAACCAAAAAUGAGGAACUAUCCAACCUGAAGGCCAAGGUGGCUACUCUGGAGCAGGACCUCGAGCUGAAGGGGACAGAGUUUGAGCGAGAGAAGGAGAAGAACCUGGCCAGUGCCAAAGCUAGUCAAGCGGAGCUGGAAAAGCUACAGAAAGCGGUUGCUGUCCGGGAGAAAGAACUGAGGAGCAUCAAGCAGCUCGUGAGCAGCGUUGCAAAGCAGCGCACCGAACUCGAGGAGUUCUUCCAUGAAGCGCUGGCUCAGGUGAAGCAGGAGAUCACGACCAGGAGGCUCCAGUACAGAAAAGAGGACCAACAGGCUUAUCGCUGGAGGAUGAGAGAGGCCACGGCAGGAAAACUCAAGUUCCCACUGAUCCGGACGUUCCAUAAAAGCCCACACAGUACCAACUCGGUCUACUUGGACAUGGAGGUAGCAGAGAUCUGGACACAUGGACCAGGCAGCAAAGUUGAAAUCUCAGACCUCACUUGGGAGCAUAAGGAACAGGUUCUCAGGCUUCUCUUUGCAAAAAUGAAUGGACAGAGACCAAGGAAAGCGAGCCAACGUUUGGCUUUUCGUGCCUCCUCGGAGAAGAGCAACCUCCCUGUACGAGACGCCACUGGACAGUUGCAUAAUGAUGGCUGUCUUUUAGACUUAAAGAGGAGUCCUCCCCGGUAAUCUUCAUCACCCAGGCAUCCAAGUCUGCCGUGCCCUCGAAAUCAAACAGCCUGCCUGAUACGCACUCCGCAUGACCUCGACAGUGCACCGUCGCACAGUGUGCAGUCUGCCAUUGCUCUGCAAACCUCCUACAGAAUGUCAAUCAUGUGUAAACCCCUGUUAAAGUGUUUGGUUUUGCCCAAGUACCCAUCAUUCUGA